GGGGGUAUUUCCAUCAUGGCGGCUUCUAUUUCGGGCUAUACUUUCAGUUCUCUGUGUUACCACAGUGCCAACAGCAACUCCGAUCACGAAGGCUUUCUCUUGGGAGAAGUAAGGCAAGAGGAGACUUUCAGCAUCAGUGAUUCACAAAUUAGCAGCACAGAGUUUCUUCAAGUUUUAGAAAUCCAUAACCAUGAGCCGUGCUCACAACUUUUUAGCUUUUAUGACUACGCAGGUAAAGUCAAUGAGGAAAAUCUCAAAAGAAUUCUCAAAGAAAGAAGAAAAAAUGUUAUUGGCUGGUAUAGGUUUCGCAGAAACACACAAGAGCAGAUGUCUUUCAGGGAGCAGAUUAUUCAUAAACAGCUGACCCACAUUCUUGGAGUGCCUGACCUCGUCUUCCUUCUCUUCAGCUUCAUCUCCACUGCAAACAACUCCACACAUGCAUUAGAGUAUGUACUGUUCAGGCCAAACAGAAAGUACAAUCAGAGGGUCUCGCUUACCAUCCCCAAUCUAGGCAAUACAAGCCAGCAGGAGUAUAAGGUUUCAUCUGUACCAAAUACAUCUUGGAACUACGCCAUGGUGAUAAAGGAACAGGGGGCUGAAUUCUUUGACAAAGAUGGGGUAAUGAAGGACAUCAGAACAAUAUUUCAGGUGUAUAAUGCACUGCAAGACAAAGUCCAGGCAGUGUGUGGAGAAGUGGAACAAAGUGAACGUCUGAAGGAGACCUUUCAAGAAGAAGUAAAUAAACUUAAGAAGCAAAUAGCUCUCAGGAAAAGUGAAAAGGAGGAGGAAAGGAGACUUUCACAAGUGCCGGAAGAACACAAGAACACAUAUCUUGCUUAUAAUUCUCGGGUAGUGUGUCCCGGUAACGCAGCUGAAGAGUACAGCCUGGAGAACCAGGAUACCUCAGAGACACCACCUCCAUACUCCGAGGUCAUUCCCCUGGACAGCACAGCGGACAGUCAGGAGACCAGCACUGCCUACCUGCCGCGGCCCCAGGCAGUGGGCUCAUCAAACUAUGCCCCGCCAAGCCUAGGAGCUGCCAAAUUUUCAGGAAACGGAGAUGGCUCCAGCACCGACUCCUCACAAGGGACAUCAGGCAGUGGAGUGGUGGCACAGCUGGCGCAGGAGGAGGAGGAGGAAGAUGAAGAAGAAGAAGAAGAAGAAGAUGAUGAUGAGGACAGCAGCGAAUAUGAGAACCUGGCAAACGAGCCCUCAGAAUCCUCUGACAGUGAAUUCUCGCAGCUUGCAGAGGGCCGACCGGCAUCGCUGAGGCCAGACGGUGAUUCCAGGAACUCCCAGGCCUCUCGGAUCUGACAAGGGGGAGGGUUAGGGGAGUGACAUCUCAGCGAAACGUGGGUCCUGAAUUUGCUUGAGUAAACAAUCUGAAUUCAAAUAGACUGGGGAAGCUGAAGGCAUUUAGAAAAAAAAAUAAAAAAGCAAAUCAAGUCCAGAAAAUAAAGCCGUGCACAGACAAUUUUAGGACGAGACGCUUCUGCUGGUUUUUUGUUUUUAAUUUUUAUUUGCCCUGUUGGAAACCUUUCGCGCCAGAUUCCUGACACACAAAGAUGGGCGCUUGAGGAACCAAGCCCUUCCUGUGCCAGUGAACAUUUUUAAAGAUCCUUUUAGGGUUUUGGGAGGGGAAAAAGGCUGCUUAUGAGAAAAAUCUUCCAAUUGGUGCCACAUUUUGGUUUACGCUGUGGUAACGCCAGUAAACCAUUUCGGGGUAAACAGACUGUCCGGAUUAGUCUGUGUUCACUGUCUAAGAUUUAGCUAGAGAAUCAAAUCAUACCAUUACCUCUUGCACUAUUUUGCCUUGUUUUUACGUUUGUUUAAAAGAAGGGGAAAAAAUUUAAUUUGUCAGCGGCCUUCGAGGUUCUUUGGUUUUUAUGAGCCAGGUUAGAGGUUAGUUAGGAAAGGUGUUUUACAAGAACUGUAAGAAAUGUAAUCGGAACAAAGAAAAAUAUUAUAUACUUGCUUUAGCUUGCACGUUUUUGAAAAUUAUUUAUGUAAACAGGACAUAUUUAGUUUGAUCUGUGUAUCAUAGUGUUUUAUUAAGAAAACAAUACAGUAGUCUGUCACGUAUCUGACUACGGUGGGACUAGAGAAAAAUCGUAUAUUAUAUAUAUCUAUAUAUA